AUGUAAGUUUGGGGAAGAUUUUUGGCAAAAAGAUUCAAAGUAAGCGGUUUUUCAGGCAGGUACGCUUUUUCUAGCCAACCUAAAGAUGGGUUUGAGCAAGUGGAUAGAAAGAAUUAAGACUAAGCUAAUGAACAUAAUGAAUAAACAUGUUAAAACCCUGAUCAUAUCCAUAAUGUUGAUAAAGCAAAAAGAUAAAAAUAAUUUGAAGAUAAGAUGACUCCUGAGGAGUUUGAAGAAUUAAAAAAGGAACAUGAAAAGUAUUAUUAAUAGCAAGAGGAAAUGAGACAAUAGCAAAAAGAUUUAGCUGAAAAGCUUGAAAAAUAUCGUCCUAAAUACGAUGGAUCUAUUUAUGAAUUAAAGAAUGCAGAAAAAUAUGUAGAAGAUUAGAUUCGUAAAUUCGACUGGAAUACUUAUGUGAUUUCAAAGUACUAUCCUUCAGCAGUACGUACUGCUUUCUUCAGCUUAAACUAUUACAAUAUCGAAUUAAUGCGUAUUCCAGAAAUGACAAAGGAAACAAAUUUGAUUAUGGGUAAAUUGGAUUUCUGGUAAGAAUCCAUCAAUUAGAUUUUUUAGGACUAACCAAUGAAAGAGCCAGUCAGUGUUUGCUUGCAUGAUGCUUGUAAAAAAAAUCCUAUUUCUAAAAAUCUAAUGACCAAAUUAAUCAACGCUCGUCGCUAUGAAGCAGAUCACCCUCGUCUUAAUAGCAUUUCAGAACUUGCUUAUUUGGCUGAGUAAAUUAGAUCAAAUAUGAUUUAUUUGAACUUGCAAUUACUUAGAAUUGACUAUAAAGAUAACUUAGCUGUGCACCAAGCUGCUUCAAGUGUAGGCAGAUGUUUGGGAAUUAUUGAUUACAUUAGAAGAAUUCCAUACAAUUUACGUAAAUACAGAUUAUACAUGCCAGAAGAUAUAAAUAGAAAAUACAAUGUUUCUGUCAGAAAUCUUUGGGACAGAGUUGAAGGUAAACCAAAAGAUUAGCUUUUUGAUGUUGUUUUAGAAGUAGCUUCUUAUGCCAAGAAAUCUUUAGAUGAAUCUAAAUAGUAUUAAAAAGAUUUACCUCCUUAGGCUUUCCGUGCAUUUUUGCAUGCUGUAGAAGCAGAAUAAUAUCUAAUUGAUUUAGAAAAAGCCAACUUUAAUGUAUUUGAUAGAUCUCUUAAUGCAAAUAGUUAUAUUUAAUUACCUCUGCAAGUAUUUUAAGCAGCUAAAAAUAAAUAAUUCCUUUAUCACAAUAAAUGA